AUGGGUUCAGUGAAACCCUACGAUCUCGCAAAGUUGGAGGAUGACUUCAUAAAGGAAAUGAUUGAGACAAGAGCAUUCGGUUUGCUUAAGGAAGAAGAAAGGCCUGCCAAACUAGUGAAAAUAGUUGGCGAUAUUGUGAAGAGAUGUUGUGGCUCUCCAUUGGCCGCAACAGCACUGGGCUCUGUGCUGCGUACAAAGACCAGCGAAGAAGAAUGGAAGGCUAUAGCAAUCAGAAGCAGCAUUUGCACCGAGGGGUCUGGAAUAUUACCAAUACUCAAGCUCAGCUUCAAUGACUUGUCAUCGCAGAUGAAGCAGUGCUUUUCUUUAUGUGCUUUGUUUCCCAAGGAUUAUGAAAUUGAUGUGGACAAGCUGAUCCAACUAUGGAUCGCACAUGGCUUUAUUCAGGAACAAAAAGAAGUCCGCCCUGAGAUAAUUGGCCAAUGGAUUUUCAGUGAGCUGGCCUCAAGGUCAUUUUUUGUGGAUGUGAAGAAAGUCCGAGUCUCAUUUAAUGAGCGCUUGGGGAGGCAUAAUUAUUGUAAACAUACAUGUAAAAUCCACGAUCUGAUGCAUGAUGUUGCACUAUCUACAAUGGAAAAAGAAUGUGCUCUCGCACCUGAGAAACCAGGGCAGAUUGAGUGGCUUCCAGAUACAGCUCGCCACUUACUUUUGUAUUGUGAAGAACCACAAAUCAUUUUGAAUGAAUCUCUAGCAAAAAUAUCCCCAGCAAUCCAGACACUUAUAUGUGAUAGGAAAAUGAUACGUCCACUGUGGCAUCCAUCAAAAUACAGCUCUUUGAAGGCAUUACAGCUCCGUACAUGGAGCAGGUCAUUCCCCUUGAAAUCAAAGCAUCUGCAUUACCUAAGGUACCUUGAUCUCUCAAGGAGUUAUAUCGAAGCACUUCCUGAAGAUAUAAGCAUUCUAUACAACCUGCAAACAUUGAAUGUCUCUGGCUGCCAUAAACUUUGUCGGCUUCCAAGGCAAAUGAAGUAUAUGACUGCCCUCCGUCAUCUCUACACUCAUAAUUGUCCAGAGAUGAGGAACAUGCCUGCUGACCUCCAAAAACUCCUAUCACUACAGACACUUACAUGUUUUGUAGCAGGUUCUACUGGCUCUGAGUGCAGUGGUGUUGGAGAGUUGCAACAGUUAAACCUUGGUGGUGAGCUACAGCUGCAUCAACUAGAGAAUGUGACAGAAGAAGAUGCAAAAGCAGCAAAUCUCAAAAACAAGAAGGAACUUCAAGAAAUGUCACUUAAAUGGACCGUUGGUGGUAGGGAUGAUGCAAGAGUGCUCGAGGGUCUCAAACCUCAUGAUGAGCUGCAGGCUAUAAAGAUAGAAUCCUAUGGAGGCACCACCUUUCCAACAUGGAUGGCUAUCUUGCUAAAGAUGGUUGAGAUCCAUCUUUCCAAUUGUAAGAAACUUCAAUGGUUAUUCAGUUGUGGUACAUCCUUCACUUUUCCAAAUCUGAAGGUGUUUACACUACAAGGUCUGGAAUGUUUGGAACGUUUGUGUGAAAUAACAGAUAAGGAACAAGAUAAUAUUUCCUCGCCUUGA